AUGGAUGACUCAAAUAUCGCGAAACUCAUACAGCAAGCCAAAGCCAAUGAUGUCGACGUCAAGGUCGACGCCGUGUCCAAGAUGCAGGCCGAAUUCGAGGCUGGAAUAGAGAUCACGGAACCGGACGUUCUCAUCCAGACCCUCAAGGUGUGCCUGCGCACAUCUAACAAUCAUCUAUCGAGUGCAACGCUCUCAGCCCUUCCUGCGUUCCUCCCUCUUGUGCUCUCAUACGUUACCUCCGCUCCUGCCGUCAGGCCCUCCACCUCCGUCUCCACUUCAUCAACUAGUUCGAACGUCGAUGCACCCACCCUUCGUCAGGUGCUCAGUGCAUUCCUUCCUACCGGAGGCAUCAUUGAUCGCCUUGGUGAAGCGCGUGAACGUCCUCGAGAAAAGGCUAGGGAAAGUCUUGUCCUCAUCGGUGGCUUUGCGUUUCGUUUGGGAGGGGGAACGUCGUCUAUGGCCCGAUCUAGAAGCGGCAAGGAGACGGAGACACCUCUGCAGAUGUUUGAACGCUUUUUGAAGGAUGGGGGCUUGGGAAGCAAGGUUUGGAGGGUACGCGAACAAGCCAUCCUCACUCUUGUCCACAUCCGUCGUACACAUCAUCUUUUUCCUAUUCGGCCCUACCUCUCUCUCCUCGUUGAAGCCUUAGAGGACAGCGAUGCAAACGUACGGGAUACUGCACGAGCCUCCAUUGUCGAGCUCUUCACCGGCCCAGGCGUCACAGAUGCAGCGCGCGCAGACCUCAAGAAGGAGAUGACAAAGAAAGGCGUGCGCAAGGGCAUUGUUGAUGGGGUGCUCGCAAAGGUGAUCGGCGGAGCGAGCACGCCCGGAAGCGAAGGCUCUGAGAAUGGUGAUUCAGGCUCUGGUGCUUCCAAGAAAGACUAUGUGCCGCCGAGCUUGAUGUUAAAAGGACGGAGGCCAACAACGGGUUCCGAGGGUGCGCCAGGGCCGAGUGGGAUGUCCCGUACAGUGAGUCAAGGGAGUGUGAAUCAGUUGGCGAGGCCUGCAAGUCGGGCCGCUGUCCCAUCACCGCCGCCAGGUAGUGAUACAGCUACUGACGUGCAGCCUGUAUAUGUCGCAUCGAGUCGGGACCUAGAAAAUGAACUCAACGGAAUGUUUGGAGCAUUCGAGGGAAAAGAAACAGAGCAUAAUUGGGCCGCUCGCGAUCGAGCUAUCGCGCGAAUACGUGGUAUGCUGAAGGGUGAUGUGCAUCUUCGAUACACAGAAACUUUUCUCGCGCAUCUCAAGCAGAUAGUUGAUGCGUCUUUCAAAACACUAGCGAGUUUGCGAACUAUCGUCGCGACGAGUACCUGUUCAUUUUACUCAGAGCUUGGAUUAGCACUGGGCCCAGCUCUCGACCCUAUGUGCGAGCAGAUCCUCCUCAACCUCCUUCGAAUGGCUGGCUUCACAAAAAAGAUCGCGGCGCAGGCCUCUCAAGCUUCUGUGUCUACGAUCAUUCAAACGACCUCUGGACAGCCCCGCACUUUCAUUGCGGCCUUUUCAAAUACCCUCCAAGACAAGAUGACCCAGGCACGUGCCUAUGCUGUCGAACACCUCAAGCUUUAUAUCGAAACGCACGCUGAGCGCACAAAGCAUACCAUCGAGUCGACGGGCGCUAUCGAGACGCUAGAUAAAAGCGUCAGAAAGGCGUUGCUCGAUGCUAACGUAGGCGUACGUCAAAAUGCGCGCGCGCUGUUCUGGGCUUUCGAAGGUGUGUGGAAAGAAAGGGGUCGUACCAUCCUCGAAGCGCAGGACGCACUCAGUCGAAAGCAGCUUGAGAAGGCAUGUCCAGAUCCACAGGCGCUUUCGAACGUGCCUCCGUCAGCAGCUGCUCCAAAGAAAAGCAGCGUUGCGGCGGCGAUUGCGGCGAGUCGCGCAAAAGCGAAAGCCAUUGCCAAUGCGCCACCAUCGCUGCGGCAUCAAGCAACAUCAACAGCGCGCACCAUUUCUCCUCCGAAGCGGUCUAUCUCGCCCUCUAUGUCGUCGGGAGGAGGUUUCGAAGGCCAGGCGGCGUCGCCACUGUUGCCACCGCUCCAAACAGCGCCUCGAUCCCGAAUUUUGUCAAAUCCAGGUCCAAGGUCAAUUCCUGGUGGUCGGGCAGUGUCGCAUUCGCGAACUCCUUCUGGCGGGUCUGUCCCGUCCAGUUCUACAGCGGCCCGCCGCCGACCGUCGUCGCCGCUGGUGCCCUCUGUACCGUCCCCUCCUCGGGGAUCUGUGUUGAGACAAGCCAUGUAUACUGCGUUGCCGGCUUCUCCUCCGUACACUACAGUGACUCCGCCCUCACCAGCACCUUCUCGCAAUCUGACUGCCGCCCAUCAAGCAAUGCAAAGCAGGACAUCGUUGAUGUCCAGGCCGUCCGCUGCCAUGCCCUCUUUUGAUGGGUCUGAAGAGCCAUCUCUCCUCAUGGCUGUUGCGAUCCCACUUCCAGACGACAGCGACUCGGACAUGGAUAUGGACAUAGACGAGCCGAACUUAAUGUCUUUUUCGAGUCCAUACGAGAAAUACCCGCCCCGCGCGCCUUCAACGAACUCUCCCACGAACUCGUUCUCACCGCGUUCGAGUGGCUUCAGACCAGAACUGUCCACAUCCUCACCACCCACGGGUGCGCAUCAGCCAAUCAUCGAGGACGCGAUGCGUGCCCGCGCGGAACAAGCAGAGAGCGCGGCAGAGAGGCUGCUCGAGUUAGUCGAGCCGGAAGAUGAGACACUCCAGCAACCGGCAAUGCACUCUUCGCUCCUUCUCAGUUCUAACGCUGCGACUCCUAAGGUGAAGGCCCAGUCGGUAGUUCCCCCGCGCCCAUUGACCUCGACCGUUCGUCCACCGGUCACCCCUGUGGCCAAGAGAUCUGCUAUCUGGAAGCAGGCGGCGGCGUUCCAGGAUAGUCCAGCGUAUAACGGGGCGGCUUCUCUCAUGACAGAUGUGUUAAAGCCCGUGCAGCCAAAUAAUGAUAGCGCAUGGUGGAGGAAGCGGAUGGCCUUGAUCAAUCAGCGGCAGAGGGUGCGUGCGAGAGACCCUGCCAAACAAGUCAAUGAGCUGCAGAGUUAUAUUCUUGCUCUCGAUCAAGGCACUGCGGACCCUACCGUGCUCCAGAAUAUCGCAUUGUUCUGCAUCUCUCAUCCCGCUGCAGACCUCGCUUCACCGAUAAGCUCGAGUCUUUCCAUGUCCCCCAGCCCAUCGCUCUUCCUGUCCACGCUGAAUCCUGUGACUUCUUCGAACCCCAGUCUGUGGACCGAUAAUAAGAAUUUUGACCGGCUAUUUGCAGCGCUGAAACAAUUCCUUGAUCCAGAUCGGACCGAGCAGCAAUUGGAAUACGGUUUGAUCGUUCUGUGGGAGAUACUAGAACAUCAGCCACUGCACAUAGAAGGGCGAGAAGCGGAUGUUUUUGCCAUCCUUCUGCGAGUGAGAUACUCCAACAAGCAACAGAUCAUGGAGUCUGCGAAUACGAUCCGGGACGCUAUCACAGGCCGCUUAGACCCGGUUUAUGGUUUGACUACCCUGCAUGCGAGCCUUCUCGUAUUUCAGCUGGAAGACCCGCCGGCAUCGUCGUCGGCCGAAACGAAAGCGAGCACAUAUGCGUACGGACUGAUCGCGCUCGGAAAGUUCAUAUUACGUCUCCCGGCCGAAAUCCUCGAAGAAGAGCUUCCUCGCCUCAAGAGCCUCCUCAUCUCCGCCCUCAACGACACGCGUUCGCUCGUCGUGCGCGAGUCGGCGGCAGCAGCGAUCAUCGCAGCGCAGCUGGUGCUCCGCGACGAGACGCACCUCUUCGCGCUGCUCGACGGUCUCGCGGACGAGAAGAAGAAUCUGCUGACGUACCUCUUUGACAAGCACGGCGCGCGCGGCGCGCCGGGUGCCGCGCCCUCCAGCAUCGAUCGUCUCGAGCGCGAGAUGCGCAGGCUCGACGGGCGCACGAGCACGCCGCCUCGCUCGGUCGCGACAGGCGCAUGAUGCGCGACGGGCGAUCCGGCGCGUCGAGUCGAUCUCGGACCUCCUCACUCUCUUUGACGGCCUCUGCGUGCCAGUCCACUAUCCUUGUUCAUUUUUCAUGUUCGUUCGUCUCCCAUUGCUGACUCGCGUCGUUUCAUCAUCGACGAAUAUCCAAGCCUCGCCGGCGAGAGGCACCCUGAAGUUGUGCCCUUCCCUCUCUUAUCCAUAGAUACCUACAGUCACUGAGUCGUGUUCGCUCUUGACCCAUAUAAUGCAAUGCACUCCGACAUUUCCGACCCCC